AUGAUAUCGUCUUCUGAUGAAUCAGAUGCAGAACCCAUACAAAUGGAAGAGCGCAAAAUGAAAUCAAGAAAGAGGACACGCAAUCCACAGGAUUAUGCUCAAAAUAUAAGAAAACUGAAGAGAAAUAGUGGAGAGGAAUAUGAAACAAAAAACUCUAAGCACAUCGCACCUAUUUGUGCUACAUUAAGACAGGUGCGAACCUUGGCCGCUACAAAUAAUUUUUUAUUGGCUAUUAACGCAUGUCUAAUAACAAAUAUUUGCUAUAUUACAGCCUACUACCUGCAGCAAUGUCCGCGUGAUGAGCAAUACAUUAAUGAAUGUUUACGUGACAGUGGCAACAAAUUGGUCCAUUAUCUGCGGCAAGGUAUUCCCGAGCUGGAGAUGUAUGAGAUUGAACCAGUUGAUAUCGAUGAAAUUGGCAUCUCAUUGGGUUCUGGUCCAGAUGGUUAUCGUGCCUUAUUCCGCAACAUUCAAGCAUUCGGUGUUAGUAAUUUGACAAUUACAAAUGUGAGAUCCGAUUUGGAGUCAUUGCAAUUUCAGUUGACCUGUGAGAUACCACGCAUCAAGGUUAGAGCCCAAUAUCGUUCAAGCGGUGUUUUAAUUUUGGUCAAAGCAUCUGGUGCCGGUGAAUAUUGGGGCGAAUAUGAGGGUGUCAAGUCAAAAAUGUAUUUCAAGGCUGCACCACAUGAGGGACCAGAUGGCCGUACAUAUUUGACCACCGAACAGGUGAAAAUGGAUUUCAAUGUCAAGGACAUACAGAUGGGUGUAGAUAACAUUGCCAAUGGCAAUUCGGUUAUACAGGCCGCCUUGAAUCUGUUCAUCAACUCCAAUGCUCAGGAAUUGCUGAAGGAAAUGAAACCAGCAUUGCGCACAAAACUCACUCUGGUCAUGCGUAACUUCAUGGAUCGCCUGUUUGCCCGAAUCCCCCUCGAGGAAUGGAUUAAUUUGGAUUAA